AUGUGUGCUCAGAGGACAAUUGCUGAAUGCAGAGUACCUACUUGCAGGAUUCCUGAGGAGAGGCUGCGGCGGAGGCUGCCGCCGGAGCUGGGGGCGGCGGGGCCGAACGGGGCUCCGCGGCCCCCCGAGGAGGCGCGGUCGGUGCCGCCGCCGUUCCGCGCGGGGGAGCUGGCGCUGGCGGAGGCGCCGCGCAGGCAGAGGCCCCCGGUGCGGCUGCUGUGCCGGCUGGCGGCGGGCGGGGCGCUGGCCGCCCCCGGGGGGCUGCUGCCGCACGAGGACAUCAUCGGGCGGCCGCCCGGAGAGGUGGUGCGCCUGGCGGGCGGCGGGAGGCUGCUCGUGAGGCGGCCCUCGCUGGAGGAGUACGCGCUGCUCAUGCCCCGCGGGCCCGCCAUCGCCUACCCCAAGGACAUCAGCGCCAUGCUGCUGAUGAUGGACGUGCACCCCGGGGACACCGUGCUGGAGGCCGGCAGCGGGUCCGGGGCGCUCAGCUUGUUCCUGUCCAGAGCGGUUGGGCCCAAAGGACGAGUUAUAAGUUAUGAAAUCAGAGAUGACCAUCACAAUUUAGCAAAGAAGAAUUACAGGCACUGGCGUGCUGCAUGGGAAAUAGGGCAUAUGGAAGAGUGGCCAGAUAACGUGGACUUCAUUCUUAAAGACAUCUCAACAGCUGCUGAGGAUAUGAAAUCUGUAACAUUUGAUGCAAUAACUCUGGAUAUGAUUAACCCUCAGUCUGCUUUAUCUGUUGUACACCCAAGUCUUAAACAGGGUGGUGUAUGCACUGUAUAUUUAGCAAACAUCACACAGGUUAUUGACCUUUUAGACAGAAUACGGACCUGCAAGCUCCCAUUUUUGUGUGAAAGUAUUGCUGAGGUAACUCAUAGAAAAUGGUUGGUACUCCCUGCUAAAAUCAAGAAUUGCAAAUCAAACCAGACAGCGGAAACUCAAGAAAAUAUUGAGGAAGUAACUCACCAAAAAGACUAUGAUGAAAUCCAUAUUCAGGAUCAAAUAGUUCUUAAAGACGUUGAACGCAAUGAAUUACAAAAAGACGUACUUCUCACAGAAUCAUUUUCUGAUGAUGCUGAAACAUACUGCUCAGUACCUUACGUUGCUAGACCAUCUAAUUGGCAGGAUGCUCAUUCAGCGUUCCUCACCAAGCUGAGAAAGUUUCGACCCCUGCAUUCUUGAUGCUGCUGUGAUGUUAGCUACUAAUUUGAGUGUUGUAUCAGAAUAAACUCUUACAAAGUA